AUGUCCCACUCUCUAAAGUGCAUAACAGAAGUGCAAGACCAUCACUAUCAUUUCACACACAGACCAUCUAUUCGGCCUUAUGUAUGUUCAACAUCCAGUGAUUUGCAAGAAGAAAAAGAUCAUUUGGCUCAAUAUAUUUUUCCUCAACUAAAUAAGUUUGCAUUUUCUCGCGGGUCUACCUUCAAACCUGUGGACCUACGGUGGGAAACAGAAGAAAGAGACAAUUCAGGAACUUUAUUCCGUGAGCAUACACACCCAAUCUCUUCUCAGCAGCUGAAGCUUUCCCUUGAUUAUAUUAAUAAGUCAUCACCUUUCUUUAUAUGCAUACUUGGUCAUAGAUAUGGAGAGUUUGUUUCAGAGACUCAGUGUAAUCGUUCAAUUAGUUCUCCAGAUCUGCCAAAUCUUAAUACUUUAUCUAGAGUGGAACAGAAUCUCAUUGUGGCAGAAAACAAUGGCUAUCCCUGGGUAUUAGAAGGAAGUAACAAACAUUGUAGCCUGACUGAGCUGGAAAUUAUAGAAGCUGCUUUUUCAAGCGAUGCUCAUUUUAACUACUUCUAUUUUAGAGAUCAUACUUAUAUUGAAGAAAAACUAAAAACAGCCACACCGGAGGAAAAGAAAUUGGUCUUGUCCACAUUUGCAAGUAAAAACGAACUGGAAGAAUCAAAGAUAUGGGAACUGAAAAUCAGAAUUGUUGAUAGGGGAUUGCCUGUAAGAUUCUUUAAAACUAAAGAGGAACUUAGCCAUUUAGUGCUAAAAGAUUGGUAUGAUGUUAUAGAAAAAGUCUACCCCCUCAGUGCCACUCCUGCUAACAUAGGUCAUGAACACAAUCUUGUUCGAGCUUACAAUGAAGCAUUUGCAGAAAAUCUUUGCAAAGAUUUUGUAUCAUCUAAACAACUUGAGGAACUGAUCACAGACAUGGAUAACUUUGCAUUUAGUGCAUUGAGGAAUAAAAAGUUGUGUUACUCCAUGGAAUCUGACAGCACUGACUCUGGCUCUCGCAAUAUCACCACACCAAGAUCACAGUCUUCUGCAGUGUUAAAGUCCUAUCUGUUAAUUCAUGGUGUUCGAGGUUGUGGGAAGUCUACUUUAGUUGCCAAAUGUAGUAAUCCCUUAUUUUGUUGGAAGUAA